AGAGAGAAGAGAGAGAUGUCAAACACCACCACCACCACCACCACUCCCUACGUGGUAGAGGAUUGCCGUGGAGUCCUCCAAGUCUACAGUGAUGGCUCAAUAGUCCGUUCUGAUCGGUCACCCUUCAACGUUACCGUCCAUGACGAUGGCUCUGUGAUCUGGAAAGACGUCACUUUUGACCCAAUUCAUGGUCUCCAACUCCGUCUUUACAAGCCCUCUUCUGCUAACACAAACACUAAGCUCCCAAUCUUCUACUACAUCCAUGGAGGUGGCUUCUGCAUCGGCUCUCGCACUUGGCCUAACUGUCAAAACUACUGUUUUCGUCUCGCAUCAGAACUUCAAGCCAUCGUUGUCGCACCUGACUAUCGUCUGGCACCUGAGAAUCGCCUUCCAGCGGCAAUUGAAGAUGGAUUCGCAUCGGUUAAGUGGCUCCAAGCUCAGGCUCUUUCCGAUAAUCCCGACACCUGGUUGACUGAUGUCGCCGAUUUCGACCGAGUUUUUAUCUCGGGAGACUCCUCGGGGGGUACCAUCGCUCAUCAUCUCGCAGUUGGACUCGGAGAAGGAUCGCCCGAGUUGGCUCCUGUUCGAGUGAGAGGUUAUGUGUAUUUGGCUGCUUACUUUGGCGGCACCGAACGUGUGAGGUCAGAGGUGGAGGCACGGAAAGAGGCUGUGCUCAAAAUCGAGAUUUCUGACGGGUUUUGGAGGCUGUCACUACCAGUUGGAGAGACAAGAGAUCACCCACUGGCGAACCCGUUUGGACCUGCUAGUCAAACCCUUGAACAUGUGGCUCUUGACCCUAUCCUAGCGGUAGUUGGUAGCUAUGAUAUACUAAGGGACAGGAAUGAAGAUUUUGUAAGAAGAUUGAAAGAAUGGGGAAAGAAAAUAGAGUUUGCAGAAUUUGAGGAAGCGGACCAUGGUUUCUUUGCUCUCCAACCCAACAGUGAAGCAGCAAAAAAGUUGAUGCCACUCAUCAAAAGAUUCAUCACUGAAAACUCCAGCAACUAGAACUGAGUUGC